UCAUUUCAAAUCAAACACAUUCAAUUGAAAAAUAAAUCCAUGGCUUACUCUAAAAUUCUCUUUUUCUCCAUCAUUGUUAGAUUCCUUACUUUUGCAACUAUCAUGGCACAAGACUCUUCAUUUUUUCUAAAUAAAUUUUGCUCCCCUGACCUUACCAAAUCCAACAGCAACUUCCAUGACAAUCUCAUCAAACUACUCUCUUCAUUAUCAUCAAAAGCCAUAAGCAACACUGAAUUCUACAACCCUAUUAUUGGUACAAAUCCCUCAGAUUCUAUCUAUGGAAUGUUCAUGUGUAGGGGUGAUGUGGAUUCUCAACUUUGUCAUGAAUGCAUAGGUAAUGCAACCCAACAUCUAUCCUCAGAGUGUUCUUUGUCCAAACAAGCUUCGAUUUGGUACAACGAGUGCACGGUUCGAUACUCUAACGAUUCAUUCUUUUCGGUCGUUGAUAUGAUGCCUGGUUUUUACAUGUGCAAUACCGUGAAUUUCUCAAACACAAAAAGCUUCACGCCUUUCUUGUUUUCGACCAUGAAUCUAAUUGCCGAUGAAGCAGCUAGUGACAAGAAGAAAUUUGCAACAAAUGAACGAAUAUUGAAAAAACAAACUGUUUAUUGUCUAGCUCAGUGCACGUCAGACUUAUCGUCGAAAGUUUGUGGAACCUGUCUGCGUAGUGCUAUCAAACAACUUCAAAUUCAUUGUGAUGGAAAACUAGGUGGGAGAUUUCUUUAUCCUAGUUGUAAUGUUAGGUAUGAACUAUAUCCUUUUUAUAGGUCUAUUAAUGUUCCUUCACCAAAUGAGCUUGCUCCUCAAACAAAAGAUUCGAUUUCGAAACAAGAUUCAAGAUUUUUAGAAGAUCCAUUUUAUCUUUCCUAUAAUUGCUCUAGUAACCACAAUACAAUCACUUCAAAAAAUUUCAACUUACUUCUCUCUUAUCUGGUGUCCAAUGCCACCGCCGGAAAACUAUAUCAUAGAGUUAUAAUGGACGAAAUUGUGUACGGACUCUUCAUGUGUCGAGGUGACCUCCCUUCUCGCCUUUGUGUUCAAUGCGUAACAAACGCAAAAGAUCGAAUAUUCUCCAUGUGUCUUUCAUCCUCAGAGGGUAUAAUUUGGUAUAGCCAUUGCUUGCUUCGCUAUUCAAGUCAAUAUUUUUUCCCUAACAUCGCCGAAACUAGUCCUAUGUACCGCGAUAUAAACAUCACCAAUCAUUUCAUCUCGGACCAAAACUUGUUCACUAGUACAUUAUCGAAUCAGUUAUCUGAACUUGCGAAUGCGACGGGGAAUAGUGAUGAAAGAUAUAUGAUAAAUUCAUUAAAAUUGAAUGAUAUACAAACCUUAUAUACUCUUGAACAAUGUACACCAUAUUUGUCUCCUCAGGAAUGCAUUUCUUGUCUAAAUGAUAUGAUAAGUACACAAAUUCCAUGGUCAUUCUUGGGAAGUGUUGGUGGAAGAAUUAUAUAUCCUAACUGUAAUAUGAGAUUUGAAUUGUUCCAAUUUUACAUCGAGAGCGAUGAAGCUCGGUCGUCUAGGAAUCCAUCAAAAGAAGCAGGUGAACUCUUUGCUCAAAUAGGAUUUAUUUUAUUUUUAUAAUUUUUUCUUGUUGGGGAAUCCAUCAAAAGAAGCUCGGUCGUCUACCAAUUUUGCAUUGUUGGUAAAUUGAAAGAAGCAAUCAAUUUGUUUAAUGAAAUGGUUUUGGAAAACAUCAACCCGAAAAUGUAUACGUUUAAUAUAUUGGUAGAUGCUUUUUGUAAGGAAG